UGAAGCCCACCUUUCCCUUACGCAUCAAGAAAAAGGUCAAUCGUGCCGGCGCUGCGCCACCAGUUCCUGAGCUGCCGAAAGAUGGGAGGUUGAGGAAGUCGGUGAAAUGGCUGAGUAGGAUGAUGACUGGUUCAUAAUUUUUUUGUGUUCGUGGAGUAGACAGACUAAUAAUCAUAAGAGGUACAUUACAUUACAUUGAGCCCGAUUACGAAUCAUUCAGAGUUCACAUGAAUGAGCAUAUCAGACUCCUUGAUGUCGGCAACCUGUGCCGGGAACUUGCUUAACACCAGGCCAGAGGGUGCUGCAUCGUUAUACUUUGGCGCCUACGUCCUAGUCCCAGCCAUCAUCAGUACCAUGCAUCGCAAUACGAGAGCAGAGCUGCCUAACCCGAAAACCUGUCAACCCUUCUUGCGUGGCAGCUGCAGAUUUGGCGAUUCAUGUCGACUCUCUCAUCAGGAGAGAGGGACAGGAUCAUUACCCGCGACGAGCAGCAAACCAACCUUGUCCCCAUCUUCACCGUGUAUCUUUUUCGUUCAGGGUAUGUGCAAGAAUGGUGGAUCUUGCACUUUCCUCCACGUUGGUCCCAGCGUGGAUCCGCGGCCGAUCGUCAGAGGUGGUGAGCCUGCCAAAGCACCGUCUGUCUUUGCGCCAUGCAGGUUUUUCCUUCAAGGGAAGUGCACGAAAGGCCAGGAAUGUCCUUUCCCUCAUCCAGAGGGGCAUAAUCCGGUAUGCGCGUUCCAUGCACAGGGACAAUGUCGCUUUGGGUCCAACUGCUCGUUCAGUCACGACUUGAUGGAUAAACGUCGGGUGCCUAUCGUACUGGCCCAAAGAACCAUCGCGCCGAUCCCAAUCGUGAUUGGCCCCGGCGUUACCACGGAGAAGACUACGACCUUGGGCGAUGUGGCUGUCCGAGAAGAUCAAGAGAUUGAAAGCGAAGUUGUUGAAGAGGCAGCUGAAGAAGACGACGAUGAACUAGCCAUGGGAACAGAAAUGCAGCGCAGCUUUUUCCAUUGCAAAGCACUGUUUGGUCCUGGUGCGAACAUCCAAAGUAUCACUACUUCCUUCGAGUCACGUACAGUCGUGAUAUCCACCAUCCCAGACGAUCAGACCCAAGGCACGCUUAUCGCCUUGCUGGAACCGUUCGGUCGACUUAGCAAUAUAGCAGUCACAAAGGACGCGGAGGCCGCCACCGCGCGCGCAACUUUCUUUACCGUCGCGGAAGCUUCCGCGGCAGUGCGUGGACUCGCAGGCUCUGGUAUGCAGCUGAAGAUGGAUUUGAAAGCGGUAGAGAGCGGGGCGGCAACUUUGCGGAGCACAAAGGUCAAAGUAGCGUGGUUCGCUCCUCGUCGCAUAGGAUGGGCACAUUAUACAAGGAUCACGGAUGCAAAGAAAAACGCAGAGAGACUGAACGGAUCUACAUUCAACGGUUACAAGCUGGAGGCCAAAUUCCAAACGCCAUCCAUACAUCAGACGACGUCCUUCUCGGUCGAGAUCAAGGGUCUUCCUAUGAACACGAUAGACUUUCAUCUGCGAGAGUACUGCGGGAAUCAAUGCAAGUCUGUUAUGUUGAAGGAAGCCGCGUAUGAUCGGCAGAGUUCCCUUUUGGAUGUCGAGGAACAGCUCAAGCAGUUCGGGACUUUGGACAGCUUUGAUGUGUUGCCGGAGGACAAACAAAAGUCAAAGAUAACUGCAUUCGCUCAGUUCAUCAACCCCGACGAUGCGGCGAAGGCUGUGGAGCAGCUUCAGAAAAAGCCGCAGUCAUUCCUGAAUCGUUCUCCCAUGUGGCUGGAACUCAUUCAUGCCGUCAAGUACAACAUUCCCUAUCUAUUAUUCGUAGUCAUCAAGGCGUCAUUGGAGGAACAGAAAGAGGACCACCCCAACUGCAAUCUCAAAUUUUACGAUCGGAACGCAGCGGGGGAGACCCUCAACAUCGUUUGUGUCAGGCUCUUCAGCUCGGAUCCUAAGUCACUAGGACAGCUCAAGGAUAAAAUUGAGAAGAUCCUUGAUGGUAGAAAGCUGAUGGACCGAGAUGGAAAGAUUAUGUGGGACGACUUCUUCAUGAAUGAGGAAGGGAAGCAAUAUUUGGAGGAGUUCAACGAUGCACAUAUUUUGUGUGAUUCUAGGAAACGGGAAAUCCACGUUUACGGAGAUGCUGCGGAGUCGGUGAUUAAUAGUUUAAGGAUUAAAUGCCAGGGGUUGAAGUCCGCUCCGAAUAUCAUCUCCCUUGACCGCGCCAUGCUGAGUCAUUUGAUCAAGGGUGGCUUGGAGAUCAUGCAGGAGAGAUUUGGUCGGGGAAACUGUUUCAUCGACUUCGCGAAGCGAUCCUUAAUGGUCAAAAAAAGCGUGGAUAUCGAUCAAGUACGAAAGGCUUUGGCAACUUUAGACCACAGAGACGGGGAAAAGGCAAGUGACGAUGCUUGUCCGGUUUGCUGGUGCGAAAUUACGAAUCCAAUCACGCUCAAAUGCGGGCAUUCGUAUUGCAAGGAGUGCUUGCAACAUAUGCUCCUCACUAAUGACUCAGCUUGCCCAUCUCCGCGUUGUGUGAAGGAAGUCGAUGGACACUUAUGCGACGAAUAUGUUGAUGUUGGCAUCAUACGGAAACUGCUUUCGCCUGAACAAGAAAACCGCUUGCUCGAGGUGGCCUUCCUUGCACACAUCCACGUAAGACCCGAAGAAUUCAGGUAUUGUCCAACACCUGAUUGCCAAGUCGUAUAUCGACCUGCGAACGAAGGGACAGUCCUCGUUUGUCCGUCAUGCUGGGGCAAAAUAUGCGCCUUUUGUCAUGUCCAGUUUCAUGAGGGAUUGUCAUGCAAACAACAUCGUGAAAACAUGGAGGGCGGAUAUGAAGCAUUUCAGAGGUGGAAGGCUGAACAUGGAGCCAAAGAAUGUCCGAACUGCAAGGCUGUGAUAGAGAAGAACGGAGGUUGCAAUCAUGUGACCUGCGCACGGUGCCACACUCAUAUCUGCUGGGUCUGUAUGAAGACUUUUAGGGAGUCUGAUGGAUCAAGCGGAGUGUAUUCGCAUCUCAGAAAGGAGCACGGAAGUAUAUCCUGAAGGUUUGAUAUCCUUUGUAUGAGAGAACGACAUCACGAAUAACUAUUGAU